GUAAUUUUAUUUACUUUUCUAUAGCCCUCAGUGAAGCAACUAGCCGAGAGGUUGCGUUGAAUAUCCUAAAGUAUCUUUGAAAGUACAAAUAAAACUUAAAAAAAUGACCGAAGAAGUUAGCCCAAAAGCAUUCCCGCUUGCAGAUGCGCAGCUCACGUCGAAAAUCAUGAAUUUGUUGCAGCAAGCGCUUAACUAUAAUCAACUUCGCAAAGGAGCUAAUGAAGCCACGAAGACUCUUAAUCGUGGUCUUUCAGAUAUUAUUGUGAUGGCUGCUGAUACUGAACCCAUCGAGAUUCUUUUGCAUUUGCCACUUCUUUGUGAAGAUAAAAACGUGCCGUAUGUGUUUGUACGAUCCAAGCAGGCGCUCGGACGUGCAUGUGGUGUAUCACGGCCAAUUGUCGCGUGCUCUGUCACCACAAAUGAUGGUUCGCAACUGAAAUCACAGAUCCAAUCAAUUCAACAUGAAAUUGAAAGACUACUAGUUUAAUGUGAUAAUAUAUGUAUUCAACAUACAAUGUACAAAUAAAGAAUAUUUUAUAAAAUAAAAUAAUUUAAAAACAG